AUGCCUGAGCAAACCUCACCUGUUCUAUGCCCCGAGACUCAAGGGGCCGAUGCACCAGCAUUGCAACACCCACCUCGCAAGACCUCUGUGCUGUUGGAAUGUCUUUUCUUUAUCCCAGAUGUGCACCCUACUAUCUCGCCUCGUAAGGGAGCCGCCCCGCCAUCGGUUAAACAAUGGACCAAGAUAACGGCUAAGCCUCCGUUGAUGCCCUGGGUCACCGACAUCCAGUCAAUGACCUGGGAGCAAUUUCAGACCGAAGCCUUCAAGUUCCUUGGGUCCCAAUGCUCUGACCUCAUCCCCGCCUUUGAGGCCGUAAACAAGGACAAGAAGAUCGCCUGGUACGCUUCCAUUUCCGGCCAUCCAAAGUACGACUCGGAAAAGAAGUUCAUAAUCUUAGGCCCGAUUGGCUACCUCGACUUUGUCACUGCGGCAUAUUCGGCUCGCGCGGCGAAAAUUGUCUUCAAAUUGAUCAUGAAGGAUCCUCGUGAGGAUGAGGAUGGCACAUGUAAUAGCUGGACCUUGGAAACCUCGCCACAUCCGGUUAUCACCCCAAAGGCGAAGGCGCUUGUGCAUCAUCCAAAGAGAAAAUCAGCCCGUGCCAGUACCGGCGGCCGCCCCCCUGCCUAUAUCGAAGUGUCCUCCACCGAGGAGGCGACUCCACCAGCCCAAGCCAGAAACGCGGGUUCCAAAAGCCGCCGCCUGAACGAAGGCAUUGCCGCGACAAACAGCAAGAACGCUCCCGUCUCUCGCUCUGAUGCCGCAAUCAACACCCAACCGGCUCAUGCGGAUGUCAUCAACAACCAACUCGAGACCUCCAACAACACUACUAGUGACGAGGACCGCCGAGCGUUGCCAACGACCCCUCCUACUCAAAUAGUUAGGCGCCCAUUGGGUGCCGCUCGGGCUGACAUGGAGACCCUCUCCAUGGAGAUGUUCCUCAAUGUUGCAGGCAUACCACGUGAGGACGAGGUUACUCGGGCGCGUAUGCGGGUGCAUGGAAUCACCCAUUGGACCUUUUUUCGAGCCUCAAACGAACAGGACUUGGUCGCCCUUGGAUUCCCAAUUGGAGUCGCUCGACUUCUGUGCGAAGGAGUGCCCCGCUUAGAGGCUCAUGCGGAUGAGGUCAUCGCUGAUCGACACCGCGAUGAAAUAUUAGCCGGUUUUAACAACUUUUAG